UGAAUUCCUGUUUGAACUGCCUGACUGGUGAGUUCUUCUCUUCUCUCAGAGACCAAAUGGCUUCCAGCUCAGAGGAGGAUCUCUGCUGUCCUGUCUGCCAGGACGUCUUUAAAGAUCCUGUCCUCCUGUCAUGCAGCCACAGCUUCUGUAGAGCCUGUCUGCAGAGCUGGUGGACAGAGAAACCAAUAAAAGACUGUCCAGUUUGUAAGAGAAGAUCUUCAAGGAGUGAUCCACCUCGUAACCUGGUGUUGAAGAACCUGUGUGAGGCCUUCUUACUGCAGAGAGAUCAGAGAGCUUCAGCAGGGCCAGAGCUCCUCUGCAGUCUGCACUCUGAGAAACUCAAGCUCUUCUGUCUGGACCAUCAGCAGCCAGUGUGUGUCGUCUGUCGAGAUUCAGAAACUCACACCGACCACAGAUUGAGACCCGUCAACGAAGCUGCACGAAACCACAAGAAGGAACUUGAGGAAUCACUGAAGCCCUUCCUGGAGAAACUGGAGCUCUUUAAUGAAGUUAAAGCAAACUGUGAUGAAACAGCAGAGCACAUUAAGGUCCAGGCCCGACGCACAGAGAGGCAGAUUAAGGAGGAGUUUAAGAAGCUUCACCAGUUUCUCCAAGAGGAAGAGGAGGCCAGGAUCGGCGCUCUGAGGGAGGAAGAGGAGCAGAAGAGUCGGACGAUGAAGGAGAAGACGGAGGCUCUGAGCAGAGAGAUGGCAGCCCUUUCAGACACAAUCAGAGCCAUAGAGAAGGAGCUGAGAGCUGAAGACGUCUCAUUCCUGCUCAACUACAAGGCUACAGUGGAGAGAGUCCAGCGCCCCCUGCUGGAGGAUCCACAGCUGCUCUCAGGAGCUCUGAUAGACGAGGCCAAACACCUGGGCAACCUGAGCUUCACCGUCUGGGACAAGAUGAAGGAGGUGGUCUCCUACACUCCUGUGGUUCUGGACCCCAACACUGCUGGUCCAACACUCGUCCUGUCUGAAGAUCUGACCAGUGUGAGACGAGGACAGAGACAGAAACUUCCUGACAACCCAGAGAGGAUGAACUUCCAUGCUGUCCUGGGAUCUGAGGGCUUCAGCUCAGAGACUCACAGCUGGGACGUUGAGGUUGGAGAAAACACAGACUGGGAGCUGGGUGUUUUAUCAGAAUCUGUCCAGAGGAAGGAAAAUGUAGAGUCUGGAUUAUGGGGAAUACAGUUCUCUGAUGGUCAGUACAUGUCAUUUUCCCCAUCAGAUAAAGACACUGCUCUCUUACUGGGCAACAACAUCCAGAAGAUCAGAGUCCAUCUGGACUGGAACAGAGGACAGCUGACCUUCUCUGAUCCUGAUACUAACACACACAUACACACCUUCACACACACUUUCACUGAGAAGCUGUUUCCUUACAUUAGCAAUGGAGAUGAAGUGCCUCUGAACAUCUUACCUGAACAAAGCUUCGCUGGUGUGGCGCUGGCUUUGAGGGUUUUGUUUGUAAUUGAUCUCCUUCAGCUGCACAGCACUCAAGAUAGUGAAGGUGUGGUCUCCUACACUCCUGUGGUUCUGGACCCCAACACCGCUGGUCCAACACUCGUCCUGUCUGAAGAUCUGACCAGCGUGAGACGAGGACAGGGACAGAAACUUCCUGACAACCCAGAGAGGAUUGGGGGUGUCCUGGGAUCUGAGGGCUUCAGUUCAGGGACUCACAGCUGGGAUGUUGAGGUUGGAGACAAUCCAGACUGGGUCCUGGGUGUGUUAGAAGAGUCUAACCAGAAGAGGAAAGAUUCACAGUCUGGAUUAUGGACAGUAGUUCUCACUCUGGGUAAUUAUGUAGUCGUCUCUGAAACAGAUGAAGAUGCCGUUCUCCCAGUUCAGAAGAAGCUCCAGAGGAUCAGAGUUCAUCUGGACUGGAACAGAGGACAGCUGACCUUCUCUGAUCCUGAUACUAACACACACAUACACACCUUCACACACACUUUCACUGAGAAGCUGUUUCCAGUGUUUGAUACUGGAGAUGAAGUGCCUCUGAAGAUUUUGCCAUGGAAGGUCUCUGUAACAGUGGAACAGCACAGGUAGAGAUGCUGCUGCUGAUGGUUUUAGUUCUGAUGAAGAUGAUGAUGAUGAAGAUGUCAUGCUGUAUUGCAAGCCAUCUGUUUUUAGGGUAAAACGGUAAUUCUCUCAUUUAAGGAAUUCAUUACAUAAACAU